AUUUGUGUUUUGAACUGAGCAGACCAAAUAGAGAGAUACAUGCUAUUAUUCCAUGGCAGCUCACAGCAACCGCCGCGUGACGCUGCUAUGCCGCCCAACCAAACACCUCAGCUCAGGAUCCGAUCCGAAAACAUACUGGCUCGUCGGAUCCCCCUUCUUACCGCCGCUCACCGUCGCAUCCCUCCUUCUCCGCCUCUCCUCCGAUGAUCUCCACAAAGAAUCAGCGGAGCUUCGGACAUUGAUUCCUAAAGGCUUUGAAGUAAUUGGAGCGCUUGCUUACGGAGCCGACGCCGACGCCGACGCUCAAGCGGCAGUUCAUGCUGCUCGCAGACUGAGGAAGCUUCUAUACGGUGAAGAGGAAGGGGAUAAUCGACCGGUGAUCGGAGCUGUCACCGCCGGUUCCGGCGAGCUGAAAUUUUUCGUGUCGGAGAGUGGAAAAUCGAAUAGCCUCGAAGAGGUUGAUUCAGUUGUUGAAGAAGAACAUUCGGAGAAGUAUGUGUGGGAGAAUGGUUGCUUGGUUCGUUGUGAGCUUCCGAUCAAGUUGCCAGUAUAUUAUCCUCUCAAGAAUACGAGUGAUGUUGAGAAAGCAUUUGUGAGGGCAAUUGAAGCUGUUGUUGCUAAGUUAAGAGAUUCACAGGCUGUGUACAUGUUAGAGGCAUUAAACAAGACCUCUAUGGAUCUACCUGCACCCAUUGUAAUUCGGGGUGGGCAUUUAGACUUUCGUGCAGACCUCUCCAACAUCCGGCCUUUGGCUGAGGGUGGUGAUAAUUUUGAUGUGAAUUCUCUACCGUGUUCAUACUUUUCUGUCAUCAGUAAAGGAUCGUCAGCAUUUUCUGUGGAGAAUGCAGAUACCAUCCAAGUUAGUGUUCUCUUUAACAGCUUAGGGCCAUCAUCAGCGUCUGCUGUGCCUGUUGCAGAGUACAUUCCAGCCCAGGAUGAAGCCAGGCUCCUUGUUGUGGAUAUUAAACUAGAUGUACUCUGCUAUGCUUCUAAGAAGCUACCCUUGAGGCAUGCAGUUUCAAGAUUAAUCAUCCCUGGUUUAGCUGAUCAGUUAAAUGCAUUGCAGAAUUCAAUGUUGCCUAACCUUUUGGGACAACACCCUCAGAUAAAACCUUAUCACUUCAGUCCUCCUCAUGUUCUGCAUCCAAUUACUGUUUUCUAUGAACUGAGUUUCGGGGAGACAGAAAUGAAGCAAGUUGAAGUUAGGAGAUCCUUACACACAAGGUUGGGAUUACCUUUUGAUCGACCCCUUCUGAGAAUUGCUAACGCCUUGGAUUUUUCAAAAUUGAAAAAUGGUGGUCUUGGCUCUCAACAAAAGGGUUCAACUUUACUCAGGGAUGUACACAUUGGGAUUCCAAACAGUGGGGGUAAGUGCUAUUUUGCUCUGUGUCUCAAUGUAAUUUUUCUCGACUCAUCUGAAAAUGUUAUGGUUUAUGCAGUUUCUGGGGGAAGUGUUUCUCUUGUUCAAGGUUCCUAUGAAUACUUUCAUUAUCUUCAGGAUGGUUUUAAUGAUUCGGGAUGGGGUUGUGCUUAUCGCUCUCUCCAGACUAUCAUUUCAUGGUUCAGACUCCAAAACUACUCAUCUAUAGAAGUUCCUUCUCAUAGAGAAAUACAGCAGUCACUUGUGGAGAUUGGUGAUAAAGAUCCUUCUUUUGUUGGGACACGGGAUUGGAUUGGUGCCAUUGAGUUGAGCUUUGUUUUGGACAAACUUCUUGGCGUCACAUGCAAAGUGAUCAACGUUAGAUCCGGAGCUGAGCUUCCAGAAAAAUGUCGAGAGCUAGCAUUGCACUUUGAGACCCAAGGAACACCUAUUAUGAUUGGUGGUGGUGUACUUGCAUAUACACUCUUGGGAGUGGAUUACAAUGAAGCAAGUGGAGAUUGCGCGUUUUUAAUACUCGAUCCACACUAUACAGGCACAGAUGAUCUGAAAAAGAUCGUUAAUGGUGGAUGGUGUGGGUGGAAGAAAGCUGUUGAUAGCAAGGGAAAGAAUUUCUUCUUGCAUGAUAAGUUUUAUAAUCUCCUUCUACCACAGAGGCCCAACAUGGUUUGAUAGGAUCAUUUUCAUGGAGGGUAACAGUUCCUAGUUUGUACCAAUUUUCUUGCAAUGGAAUGGUAGUUUUUCAUGGUUGGAAUUUGAUAGUUCAGUUAAUUAGUUGACUCACUUUUGGGUUGGUGUUUGUAACUGGCAUUCUGUGACUGUAGUCUAUAAUAUAGGAUUUACCGCUGUUAUCUAUUUGAGUUACUUGGACAAGUAAAUGAUGCGAGCAAAGGGUAUUCCAAGAUAAUUAGAGUAUUAUUUUAUCAUUUUAUUAACCUUUUUACUUUAGAGGAAUUUGAUCCCUCAACUAUAAUAGUUAAUUUUUGUAAUAAUAAUUCUUUUAAAAGUUUUGUAGUUUAAUAUAUUAGUGCUUUCGUUAAGAAUUA